AUGAAGAGAUUCACCGUGGAUGUCUUGCUUCGACUACUCAGUGUCACCAUCCUCCACCCUGUGGUCUCAUUUUUGGUGCCUUGUGGACUGGUCCUGUCGGGAAUUGAACCCAGCCCAAUCGAACUGGGGACCGAUCUUAGGUCUACGAGAUGGGUCGGGCCGUCGUCCGGCAAUAUGCGAUGGGCGCUGUGGUGCGUUGCGUUUGCCUGGGUCCUGUCGCUGAAUCGUUUCCUGAACCACAGGGCGCUGAACCCGGCGUCCAAGGCGAAGCCAGACUUCUCGCGAGAGGUGGUCGUCGUCACCGGAGGGUCCACAGGCAUUGGCGCCAAACUCGUCCGCAAAUUGGAGGUCGCCGGCGCCACGGUCGUUGUGCUCGACAAGGCACCCCUCAGCUAUAACACCGGCCCUAGGACGUCGCACAUCCAGUGCGACAUCAGCUCAAGCGACGAUGUCCAUGCAGCAGCCAAGGCCAUCCGGGACCGACACGGCCAUGCGUCCAUCCUCGUUGCCAACGCCGGUCUCGUCCGUGGGAAUGGACUCCUGGCUGCCACCGACGAGGAUCUCCGGUCGACCUUCAACGUCAACGUGCUCGGCCUCUUGUGGACCGUCCGCGCGUUCAUCCCGGCCAUGAUCGCGAAGAACCGCGGCCACGUGCUCGUCACCGCGUCAUCGACGGCCUUCCUGACGAUCGCCGGCAUGUCGGACUACUCGGCCUCAAAGGCCGCCGUCGGGUCGCUGGUGGAAGGCCUCCACACCGAGCUGAAGCACAGGCACGGAAACCCGGCCGUGGCCGUCAGCGCGAUCUACCCUGCGACCAUCGGGACGGCGAUGUUCCGGAACCUGGACGCCCCUGACACUUUCUUGACGCCCAUACUCGACCCGGACGAGGUGGCUCAGAAAAUGUUCGACAUUCUCGCCACAGGCCAAAGUGAAAACGCCUACAUGCCGGCCUUGGCCUUGGCGAAAGUGUGGUUUCGGGUGCUACCGACCUGGAUGCGUGUCGCGGUGCAGGACAUGUUGAGCCAUAUGGCGGACGGAAUCGGGGGCAGGAAUCAAGUGUAG